AUGGCUUAUAAUAACGAUUUCUAGGAUCUCUUGCCGGAUGACUAAGAAGAAUUCGCUAUGAGAAUGCCUGUCAAGAGUCAUUUGUAGAGGUUGGAUGUAAGUCAGUCUGCUAAACGUAGCAAUUACUACAAUAAUUGAUGGAUGAGUUGGAUAUGGUGAAAAAGGAGAAGGAGUAAUUGCGCAAUAAUUUGGUGGAGUUGUCUCAAAAGACCUCGGAUUCGUUUGAUGAUGCAAAUAAAUAUCUGAAUGACGAAUAUCGAAGAUUGAUGCAGGAGUUUCAUGAACAGAAUGGAUUGCAAUUGGAACAACAUCAGUUUCUGAAAUAACAGGUCGAUUCAAUAAAUUAGGACCGAAUUAAAUUGUAGCAAAAUACUAUUGUACUUGAGAACAGAGUUCAAGAUGCAGAAAAGGAAUUGGGAUUUGUUUGA